UUGACAAUUUCAAUAUUUUCAAUUCCAAAAUAAAUCUCGCUACGCUGUCUCGCCUAGGGUUUUUGGGUAUUUAUUUUCGUUAAAUAAUUUUAUAGGAUAUUUGGUAUUCGUGCAUGUGUCUAGUUUAUUUCUAUCUGUGCUGUAAAUAAACAAAUCGUAUACAUUACAUACCUUCCUCUGAAUAUAAAUUAAGAUAUGAAUGCGGCACGAAAAUUUUUUGAUUUCGUUUAAUAAAUGAAGACCCAUCGCAAAUCUUCAGGCAGUAUGAGGAAAUACUAUCAGCUGAUAUUAGUUAUCGUAUGCUUUAUAAGCAUCGUAACGCUUCUGAUAUACAGGCACGAGUAUUAUAGAUUGCGGUAUGUACUUGAAGUGUUGAAUUUUUUCGGUAAGCCGGGUCUCUCCGAAAUUGAAUUUUGUGGCCCAGGCUUCAAUGCUACCUUGUUAUCAGAAAUUCUACGAAACACGUCUAUGGAAGUACGCGAGACACCGCCGUUAUUCCAAGAAAUUGAUGAGAAUUUUUAUUCUUAUUCCUCAUUUCUAAGAUCUUAUCAAAAGUAUGAGAAGCUUACAAAAACUCAUGUACAUAACGUUGACACUAUCGUAAUAGGAAAGGCGCACGUGCGGCCUAAUUACCGCUGUAAUUUGUGGAUGGAAAACAAUUCAAAACCAAAAGCUGGUAGAUUCACUUAUAAAAUUAUUGCUGAGCCAAUUAAUGACUUCAGACUGUAUGUAUUCCAUUGUUCAUUGAACAAAGAUAUAGGUAAGCCUAAAGGAGUGAGUUUCUACAUGAAUGAUUAUAACAUAAAUCCUAUACAUGCACCCAUAAAUAGAUUAAUCCAAGUGAAUACAAAACGUAAGCCAAGGGAAAGGAGUAGCAUAAGAUUUGUCAAUAAUGUUGAGCCAACAGUUUGUGUCAUACCAAAUCAGGUGCCAUUGGUCUCCAGAGACUCUUUCAUAGAAUUCUUGGUGUUUCACCAUAUGAUGGGAGUCAAUAGGUUUACAAUUUAUGAUAGCAUGAUUUCAGAGGAUAUUAUAAGAAGACUGAAUCUGUUGCCAGCAGAUAUCACUCAAUGGAAUAUACAGUUCUACCCACUGAACUAUCCAUUUGUGUUUGCAAAGUCUUAUGAAAUUGUUCGAAGUGCUAUUGAGCUGGAUUGCUUAUUUAGACACUUUAGAUUUGAUAAAGAGGAAGCUAGCAAAGCAAGUCAUGUUGUGGUUUUAUCCUGGGAUGAGUUUCUUGUACCUAGAGUUCACACAAAUAUCAAAGCAUUGCUUGAUGAUUUUGACCCAACUAGAAAGAUGAGAACUGUUGAGUUAAAACCUCUUCUGUUCUGUUUGAAUCAAGAAGAUGAUGACAAUGCAGAGAUUGGCUAUCCGGAUAUCAUGAAAAAAACACAUUAUUACAAAUUACCUCAAGAAAACAAGUCCAUUUAUAUAAGAAAUUUGGAUACAAUGACUUCAUUUGAAGACAUAUUUAGUUUGAAUUCUACCAGUAUGUUUAUACCUUUGGAGAUACUAGGAGCACAUAAGUAUACAGAAUGUAGGGAUCCUAAAACAUACCACCCUUAUGGCGUUGGAUACAAUGAGACUCAGAUGCAAGUGUUCCAACACAAAUUUGAGGGAGCAAUGUUAAAGUUUGGCCAGAACUUGAUGAGUAAUAAAGUUUACAGGUUGUACACUUCAGGGCAAAUAUGGGAGAAACAUACCAAUGAGCACGAUGUUAGGGACAUGCUGUAACACUGUUUUAGUACCUAGUUGGCUAUCAUCACUAGGGGUCACUCAUAGUAAUAAAACUAUGCAUCAACACAUUUUUUACAAUACUAUAUAUAUGAUGAUGAUGAAUAGAUGUUCUAUUGAUGAUUGUAGAUAAACUCAUAGAAAAAGUAUUAGUGACAAUUUCUUUGCUCAAUUUAGGUUCCCUUUCAUUUUGAUUAUCACAGAUUAUUCCAAAUUGCCUUUUAAACUGUUGGCUUAAAACCUAGCCUGUAAAAGUAGGAAGGAGUGUAGCAUUUUUAAAAAUUAUAACGAAGAUUUUGCCACAAUUUUUGUGAUAGGCCACAGUUAUGCUAUUUUUUUACAUACAUACAUACAUACAUAAAAUCACGCCUCUUUCCCGGAGGGGUAGGCAGAGACUACCUCUUUCCACUUGCCACGAUCUCUGCAUACUUCUUUUGCUUCGUCCACAUUCAUAACUCUCUUCAUACAAGCUCGGCGGUUUCGGGUACUUUUAAGAAUUCAAAUUACUAGUCAUUGUACAAACCAAUAUUCAUUUAGAGUAAUAAACUCCAAAAAUAUUGUUGAUGGAAGAUUUUUCAUACAGUUUGUAGUUUUUAAGGUUGUUCAAUUUCUUUUAAAUAUUAUUCAUAAGAAUUGCAUUUGAGCUUUUGUAAAAAUAAUGAUAAACAUUUUUUAUAAUUUAUAAUGAAUCAUAAUUGUGUGUCCAGAUUGCAAUUAUUAUAAUUUUGCUUAUUGAAUUUAUGGAAAAGUGCCUUUUGUGUGGGUAGAUAGAAAUUUCUUUAAUAAAACAAUAAAAGCUUUGUUUCAGACCUUAAAAGAUGGUUGUUAUUAACUAUUCACCUAUAAAAUAAUAUAAUUUUAUGCUCACUCUAUUUAUUGGCCUUUAUCAAGAGAAAAUACUUCCAUUUCAGUUUAUUAAUGAAUGCUAAAAUUUAAUUGUUAGGCAAGAAGUUGUUAGGAGUAGGUGUUAUUUGUAACAUAAAGACUGCUUGUUAAAAAUAUUAACAAAAUUACAUAAAACCUAUGUAUACUCUAUAGCUUAAACACAAAUUAGCUAGAAAUUUAAGAAAUGUUCUAUUGUUAAUUUCAGUUAUUUUUUUUGGAAAUGUUGUUGUUAUUAAUUUACAAGGAAUGGACCUUACUUUGUCCCGCCUUAAUAAUAGCAGCGCCUUUUUUGAACUUACACAGCAGAUAACAUAGUUAUCAAAUACCUACCUAUUGUUUUUCUAGGGUUUUUAAAUAUAAGAGAUAUCCACAUGACCUGGUUAUUCUAUCUGAGUACCACCGUACCCACUGGGGGGCCUACGAAACGGUAUAAAAACCCUUGUUGGUCCUGUUUAGACGAUUUAGCGAACGCAAAUGCCUUCAUUUUACAGCCAAUUAACAUAAAUGCCAACUUUGGUUGGCCGGUUGUGUACCUGAAUUCAGCCACUGGCAACUUGUGCCAAAGAUACAAAAGAUUUCCUUUAAAGCCACAAGGGUUUUUUUAAAUGCCUAAAAAACAGAAUUGUUUAGCUAUUGAUAAUAUAAAACACAGAAAUUAUAUCCACAAUUUGUUUAUUUUUAUUCCACUCUUCCAAUAAAAAUUGCUAUCACUA